GGACCAUCCCCCUCCCCCAGCAGUGUUGGGAGCAGCUUCGUUACCCUGAGUCCUCGGCAGCAGUGGUGAUGGGGUGCGGCAGAAGGGAGUGGUCCUAAAGGACAGUGUGAAGAGCAUGGGAGCACUGGGGAGGGACCACAGUGGGGUGGUGGGAAGGGGACCCAAGUCAUUUAUUCUGAUGACUCAUGAAGACCCAGGCCUACAAGCUGCUUCCUCUUAAGAAGCCACCUUCCAAGGCCUCAAACACUGGGCCUCCCUCUACCCAGGAGCUAUUUUCUUGAAAAUGCAGAACCUGGGGGAAAAAGGAAAACUCCAGUUCCAUUCAGCCACCCACAGCAGGAACUAGCCAUCCCCUUCUCAGUGCCUCAGUUUCCACACCUCCUGGGUGCCCUGAAGAGGGUUUCAUGAAGGAGAUUGGACUGGGCACUGGGAUCCACAGGUGCUGUCAUGGGCUCAGGAUUGGGCAUAGAGGGGCAGCAUCAAGACCAAGGCUGAGCCCGGGGGGUACUGUUGUGGGCCAGAUGGCAGGUGCUGUCAUGGGCUCAGGGUACCAGAAGCAUCAUUCCAGGGAGGUGCCUAGCAGCAGCCUCCGUUGUGGUCCCAGCGGGACCUUGCCAUGACUGCACUAUCUCCUUCUCAGGAUCCUGCCGCUGCCUUAGCUGGGUGAGCCCCAAACCCUGGGGCAGAGACCCAGUCCCUGCUACCGUGAAUAAACGAACCGUGAGUUCUAGAAUUCUCACACAGUAGAGAUGCUCUGCCCCACCCUGCCCCCACGUCCUAUUAUGAGGGCCAGUGUAGGUCAGGCACCUGCUAGCCAUGGCAUGUGGGCCAGGAGAUCUUCAGAGCCUCACAUCUCCAUUUUCUUCUGCCAAACUUGGAAAUUCCCUCUUUUCAGAAGAGCCCUGGUUCCAGGCCUGUGGUCACACCAACAUCGCCUGCAAGAUGGUGAAGGGGAAGCUGGUAGAGGUAGGCAAGUGGCCAUGGCAGGUGAGCAUCCUGUUUCUGGGCGCGUACAUCUGCAGCGGCUCCCUCAUCCACCAUCAGUGGGUCCUCACGGCCGCACACUGCCUAGAGAGAUCCAAGGACCCCAAAAAGUACUCCGUGAGGGUGGGAGUCCAGCAGGUCUCAGGAAACGGCACUUGGCUCCUGCUCACUCGCAUCGUGAUCCACGAGGAUUUCCACAACCUCCUAUCCCAGGACAUUGCCCUCCUGAAGCUGAGGGACCCCAUCUGCUGGUCCCCCCUCAUCCAGCCUGUCUGCCUACCCAACACCAAAUUCAAGCUCUCGCUCGGGACCAUGUGCUGGGUGAUCGGGUGGGGACAUAAAAAUGAACAAGAAACCUCAAGUACCCCCUACCGUCUUCAGGAGGUGGCUGUCAGGAUUAUUAGCAACGGUAUCUGCCGUCAGCAGUACCAGUUUCUCUUCUUGAAGAAAGAGAAGAAGUUCAUUGGGAAGGACAUGCUGUGUGCCUCCUCAGAAUUGGGCAUGGACUCUUGUCAGGCUAACUCUGGCAGCCCCCUCGUGUGUCAGGUGAACAACUCCUGGAUCCAGGUGGGGGUGGUGAGCUGGAGCUUUCUCUGCAACCGGCGACGCUUCCCAAGCAUCUAUACCAGCACCCCCCACUUCACCUACUGGAUCCAGAAGCAGAUCAGUGACAUGAGGUUCAUCAGCAGGGCCAGCGCUGCCUUCCUGAGCCCGGUCACUGGCCACAUCCUGCUGGUGUCCUUGGGCUCCAUGUGGCUCCUGUGAGCGGUGUUUCCAGGGCAGGCCCGCCCGGAGGCCACUUCUUCCUCCCUCCGUCUGCCCUCAGGAGAAGUGGAGACCCAGGGGACACGUGACAUCAGGGCAGAGCACCCUUGGGGGAGGGUCCAAGAGCUGCUGUGUUCAGAGUUGUUCAAUGAAGAUGCUCUUGAGUUUU